GUUCGUACCAUGUAACCAAGCUAUUAGCUUCCAUACUUUCAGAUUGUUUUGGUAUCACAGUUUCUAUCUGGUUUGUUUUCAUAUAUUGACAUUUAAGUUGUCAAUUUAAAGAAACAUGGAGUAGUUCCAUAUGUAAACUGAAGAAUAUUGAUAAAUAAGUAUAUUAAUAGGUAUUAAUUAAAAAUUAAAAGGAUUCAUGAAAUGUGGGAUUCUACAAUGUUUUUAAGUACUCUAACACCGAAAUUCUACGUUGCUCUUACUGGUACUUCGUCUCUUAUCUCCGGGCUCAUUUUGAUAUUCGAAUGGUGGUAUUUUCGAAAAUAUGGUACUUCAUUUAUUGAACAAAUAUCUAUAAACCAUAUUAGCCCCUGGAUUAGUGGUGAUUACGAUAAUAGUAAUCCUAAUAAUGGGACAUCCACAAAUGUUCAACCACAAGUACCAGAAUGUAAAGUAUGGAGAAAUCCGUUGAAUCUCUACAGAGGAGCUGAAUAUCAGAGAUUUUAUUGGGCAACAAAUAAAGAGCCGUUAACAUAUUAUGAUAUGAAUUUAUCUGCUCAAGACCACCAAACGUUUUUUACGUGUGAAGCAGAUGCAGGCAAAUCAGAAUAUGAAAUAAUGCAAACGGCUUGGAGAGAGCGAAACCCUACAGUUCGCUUAAAAGCUGCCCACAAUGCACUCGAGAAGAAUCCUGAAUGUGCUCCAGCUUAUAUUUUAUUAGCCGAAGAAGAAGCUACGACUAUUACCGAAGCAGAAAAAAUAUUAAGGCAAGCAAUGAAAGUUGCCGAAAGUAAUUAUAGAAAAUCUCAAGCACUACAACAUCAAGGUACCUUAAUGGAAGCUCAACAUAGACGAGACACAAAUGUUUUAAUUUACAUAAAACGUCGUUUAGCAAUGUGUGCCAGAAAAUUGGGUAAACUCAAAGAGGCCAUCAAAAUGUUCCGAGAUUUAACGAAAGAAGUACCUCCGAUAAUGAAUGUUCUUAAUAUUCACGAAAAUUUGAUAGAGGCUUUGUUGGAAAUUCAAGCAUACGCGGACGUCCAAGCAGUAUUAGCAAGAUAUGACGAUAUAUCAUUACCGAAAUCCGCAACAAUUUGUUAUACGGCUGCCCUAUUAAAAGCACGAAUAGUCGCAGACAAGUUUUCGCCAGAUAUCGCCAGUAAAAGAGGGUUAAAUACAGCCGAAAUGGCCGCUGUCGAAGCUAUACAUCGAGCGGUGGAAUUCAAUCCUCACGUUCCUAAAUAUUUAUUAGAAAUGAAACCAUUAAUUUUGCCACCGGAACACGUUUUAAAACGUGGUGAUUCUGAAGCGUUAGCGUAUGCAUUUUUCCACUUGUCUCAUUGGAAAGCAGUGGAAGGUGCCCUUAACCUUUUGCACUGUACAUGGGAAGGGACGUUUAGAAUGCUCCCUUACCCAUUAGAAAGGGGACAUUUAUUUUAUCCUUAUCCUACUUGUACGGAAUGUGCAGACAGAGAAUUACUUCCAGCGUUUCACGAAGUUUCAGUUUACCCGAAAAAAGAAUUACCUUUUUUUAUCAUUUUUACGGCAGGGUUAUGCUCUUUUACAGCUCUUUUAGCUCUUUUGACUCAUCAGUAUCCAGAAUUAAUGGGAAUUUUCGCCAAAUCCGUCGUCAGCUGGAUGUCAAUGCCACUAUAUUAUUUGUAUGAAAAAGUUGAAGCAGUAUUACCUAGUAAUUUACUCCAGCAGUUGAUACGAAUUUAAAUUUUGAAAAUUUCCAAUAUUUUUGUCGAUUUCUUUGUUUGUAUAUUAGCGCGAUAAUAAAAAUCAAUUUAAAAACGA